AUGUCGGAUUUAACGACUCUUCCAAAAGGACCUCCUUCCAAGAGAUCAUCACUCAGCUCGGUUGGCUCAAGUGAUGGCACUAACGAUUUUUCAUUAGGGCUCAAUUUAGGUAAAAAGAAAACAAAAAAAUCAAACAUGAUAUUUGGGGGAGGAAGCUUUAAUGAUGUAUUUGCAAAUGAUAAUGAAGAUAGUGACAACUCGGAAACGAAUGAAGACCUCACCUCUAUUGGAGGUCUAAAUUUAUUAGGAAAUAAGAACAAAGCAGGAUCCACCAAGUCGUCGAGAAGAAAUUCAACAAAAUCUUCCAAAAGUAACGGAUCCAGUGAGUCCACAACGUCACUCACCAAGUUAAACUUUGAUAUAUUUGGAAAAAAGAAUUCCAACACCAAUACCGAUGAAACAAUUUCUUCCUCUGGGUUUUCAGAUUUUGAUGAUGAUGAAGUUGGAGAGAUGCUUGGAUUGGAUGAUAUGUUACCAAACACAAGUAAAAAAAAGAAAGACAAAAAGAAACAUUCACCCAAAAAUUCCACUUCAGAAACCUAUUCUUUUGACACCACACGAACAAAAAGACCAAGCUCCAGUAAAAGACCGAGCGGAUUUUCUCCUCCUGAGCCUACCACAGAGUCAAAGCAUGAUAAAAAGAAAAGAUCUUCCAAAUCAAGUGACGAUUUCGAUUUUGAAGAGGACAAAAUGUUGGAAGAACAAGAAAAAGAAAUAAUGAAAAUCAAAGAAAAAGAAGAAAGAGAGAAAAAAGAAAGAGAAGAACGGGAAAGAAAAGAAAGAGAGGAAAGAGAAAGAUUUGCAAGAGAAGAGAAAGAAAGGCUGGAGCGAGAGGAACAAGAACGUAAGGCAAAAGAGGAACAAUUACGGCUUGAAAGGGAAAAGAGAGAACAAGAAGAACGUGACCGAAAGGAACGAGAAUUAAGGGAAAAGAGGGAAAGAGAAGAGCGUGAACGGUUGGAAAGAGAAGAAAAGAAAGAAAGGAACAAGAAAAACAAGAACGGGAACGACAAGAAAAAGAAAGAAGGGAAAAGGAGGAAAAAGAAAAGAAAGAGAGAGAAGAGCGUGAGAAGCGAGAACAAGAGGCAAGAAUUGUAA